GACCUGAGCGAGAAUAAACUAGGAGACUCUGGAGUGAAAAAACCUCAGUGAUCUACUGAUGAACCCACAAUUCAAGCUGGAGAAACUACAUCUGUAUAGAUGCAGUUUUACAGAGAAACAGAGUCUCAUCCUGACUUCAGCUCUGAAAUCAAACCCGUCACACCUGAGAGAUCUGGACCUGAGCGAGAAUAAACUAGGAAACACAGGAGUGAAGCACUUAUGUGCCGUACUGAAGGAUUCACACUGUAAACUGGAGAGAUUGAGGUUAAUCUACUGUUAUAUGAGAGAUGAAGGUUGUUCUGAUGUGACUUCAGCUCUGAAAUCAAACCCGUCACACCUGAGAGAGCUGGACCUGAGCGUGAAUAAUCUAGGAGACUCAGGAGUGAAAAACCUCAGUGAUCUACUGAUGAACCCACAAUUCAAGCUGGAGAAACUACAUCUGAGUGAUUGCAGUAUUACAGAGAAACAGAGUCUCAUCCUGACUUCAGCUCUGAAAUCAAACCCGUCACACCUGAGAGAGCUGAACCUGAGCUGGAAUAAUCUAGGAGACUCUGGAGUGAAAAACCUCAGUGAUCUACUGAUGAACCCACAAUUCAAGCUGGAGAAACUACAUCUAUAUCACUGUGGCAUUUCAGAUGUUUCUUCUUUAACUCAGUGUUUGACGAACUCAAAAGCUCUGCAGUUUUUAAAAGAGCUUGAUCUGAGAGAGAAUGAGAUCGGAGACUCAAAGCAGCGGCUCAGAGACGAACUACGAGACUCAAACUGUGUCCUGAGUGUAGAUGAAGAUUGAUCAUAAAACAUCAGUGGAUUUCCAUCAAGGUUUAAAUCUGUGAAACGGAGAUGAGGGGAGCAGAAACCAUCAGGUGAUCCACAGAAGAGUCUCACUGCUGUCUAUGAGGAGAUAUACAUGUGUAAAUGUGUUUCAUACAGGUGGAAGAGACUCAGACUUCACUAUUAAAUAAAGCAGCGUGUGUGUUAGCAUGCGUAUUAGAAACAUGUGAUAUUGAAUGAUUAAUGUUGGUUUAUUAUUCAGCCAAAUGAUGGUUUAGUUGUAAUUAAAGGUGGAACAGAGGAAGAAGCUCA